UGACACCACAUUGCCCGAACCCAUUAGCGUAGUACGAACGCAGCCCUAGUCAUCGUCCACCCGCUAAUAAAUCUCCGGCGAAAAGACCGAUCCCGAUCGUAGCAGCAGCGAUUUAUCGGCAAUAUGUGGCGCGUUACGACCAUCGCUAAUCGACGGCUGAGAAAUGCUCGGAAUGAGCCUACGGUUCUUGUCCGGUAUUUUUCAAAGGAUUCUGGUGUUUUUAUCGGCGGAAUAGAUGGAAGUAACAAAUGUGGUUUGCAUGGCAAAAAGGCUGGUGAUUCCAGUUUUUGUGUUGGAGACAUUCCCGUCAAAGCUCAGAAAGCGAAGGGUGGAUGCCAACCAGAAUAUUUUGACGUUUUCAAGACAUCUCCUCCAGGCAAGUCUUUGAGUGCUUUCUCUACAGUUUCAUCUAAAAUUAGUACAUCGAUGACUGGGAUGGUGCUCAAAACUUCAUUUUCAGGUGUACAUGCAGCGCAGAGAUGUUAUUCAAGUAAUUCAGAUAUACAUCCUCAUCAAGAAAUUGGAAUGCCGUCUCUUUCUCCAACCAUGACUGAGGGAAAUAUUGCAAGGUGGCUGAAGAAGGAAGGGGAUAAAGUUUCUCCUGGAGACGUAUUGUGUGAAGUUGAAACGGAUAAAGCAACCGUCGAAAUGGAAUGCAUGGAAGAAGGUUAUAUUGCAAAGAUAAUUCAUGGAGAUGGGGCCCAAAACAUUAAAGUUGGGGAGAUAAUUGCUAUAACUGUUGAGGAAGAAGAUGACAUUGGAAAAUUUAAAGAUUAUAAAGCUUCCCAACCUGCUGCGCCUGCUGAAUCCAGCCCAUCACCUGAGACUACUGUACCUAAGAAGUCAGAGCCAGAGCCUCCAAAAGCUCCUGAGCCCAAGGUUUCAAGGCCUGAAGGAACUUCACAUGCAGGAGAACGUCUCUUCGCUAGUCCGCUUGCACGAAAAUUGGCAGAAGAUAACAGUGUGCCUCUUUCCAGCAUAAAGGGUACUGGUCCUGAUGGACGCAUUUUGAAAGCUGAUGUUGAGGACUACUUAGCAUCGGCCGCUAAGGGUUCUAAGGUAGAGGAGGAUACAGCAGCAGUUCAAGCACUAAAUUAUGCAGACAUUCCUGUUUCCCAGAUAAGAAAAGUGACAGCAUCACGCUUGCUGCUCUCUAAGCAAACCAUUCCUCAUUACUAUUUAACAGUAGAUACUCGUGUAGACAAACUUAUGGAGUUGCGAAGCCAACUUAAUUCUUUACAAGAAGCUUCCGGUGGAAAAAGAAUUUCUGUGAAUGAUCUUGUGAUAAAGGCUGCUGCUUUGGCUCUUCGGAAAGUUCCAGCAUGUAAUAGUUCCUGGAUGAAUGAUUUUAUUCGCCAGUAUAACAAUGUGAACAUUAAUGUUGCCGUGCAAACUGACAAUGGACUGUUUGUUCCUGUUAUCAAGGAUGCAGAUAAAAAGGGAUUGGCAACAAUUUCGGAAGAGGUUAAACAAUUAGCCCAGAAGUCCAAAGACAACAGUCUGAAACCAGCUGAUUACGAGGGAGGCACAUUUACCGUAUCAAAUUUGGGAGGUCCCUUUGGGAUCAAACAAUUCUGCGCCAUAAUAAAUCCUCCUCAAUCUGGCAUUCUUGCUGUGGGCUCUGCUGAGAGAAGGGUUAUUCCGGGUGCUGGUCCCGAUCAAUAUUAUUUUGGUUCCUUUAUGUCGGUAACAUUGAGCUGCGAUCACCGUGUGAUUGAUGGUGCAAUUGGAGCGGAAUGGUUGAAAGCAUUCAAGGGCUACAUAGAGAAUCCGGCAUCCAUGUUACUCUGAAACAGUCACUGCAUCUCACAUUUUUUUAGGGGGUUUCUGGAAUGAACCCCCAAUGCUGCUGCUUGAUUCUUUUUUGUUGGUGUAUAAUUUUUUUCAGGGUUUUAAUGGAAAUCCGCAGAACCAAGAGUUGGAAGCGAAAACAAACCUCGAGUCAAACCUCGAGUUUGGCAGCAAUUUCCUUGUCGUCAAUAAAAAGUGUACAGAAGACUCUGAAAUGUUGCUAUGCUCUUUUCGUGAUAUGCAAUUUACGAGAGCUCCUUGUUGAGUUCUCAGCAAUUUCUUUCUGGGUUAGUUCUCUACUUUUCAUAUUGAAGUACUCUCAGUUUGCUUCUGGAUGUAAAUAGUACUUAAUGAAGAAAGUCCUUUCGCCCGAGAGCAAA